CACUUUCCCCUCACACACACAUGGGCUGUCGUCAGUCCACACAGACGGCACCAGGCAGCUCGGGCGAGUCCCUGGCGCCCAUCCUCCCGCCGCUACCCGUCCGGGCCAACGACCGCGAGCGCAAGUCGCGCCACUCGCCAGCCGACUCGCCGCGGAUUGAAGCCGAGCCACUGGUUGAUGGCGACGACGGCGGGAAGGACGAGGCCGCAGGGGGAUCGGUGUCUGAAGUUGUGGUUGCGGCUCUGCCCUCGCUCCGGAAUGCCACCCUCAACACACCCACCUCGCCCACCUCACCCUCCUCGCCCAGCCUCACCCCUGUUGACCGGGCGAGUCAGCUCGAGGCCGAGCUCGAGUUUAUGGUCCGCCUGGUCCAGCUCAACGAGCUCACCGAUCGCGCCAUCGAGGAGGCCAUCAACAAGCGCAUGCCGCUGCGCCACAUUCUUCGGACCGUGGUCGGUCUCGCCUGCCACUAUCUCGGCGCCUCGGCCGCGCACCUGCGGACCUACAACGAGCAGCUGGUCCUCUCCUCGUUUUCCUUUGUGUACUCGGCUCCCGGCGCGACCGCCACCCCGCCACACGGCCGCUUUGAUCCCGAAGCGUGCAUCCCCAUCGAUCCCGAGGUUGCCGACGUCUCGGUCUGGUGGCCGGUCCCGGUCGCCGAUGUCUACGCCGCCACCAUGCGCCUCGGCGACGGCGAACUGUACGUCGACCGCGGCGAGACGCCGACCGGCACGCCGCUCACCCUCCUUGGCCAGGUCAUCGACGUCGCCGGCGAGUCGUUUGGCAUGGUCGCCUUCUCUUUCUCGGCCGCGCUCGUCGAGGCCGAGAUCCUGCAGGCCAAGGCCCUGCUCCGCAUUUGGGUCGAGGAGCUCGACAACCACCUGGCGUCCAUCGCCACGCUCCGCCGCAAGCACAUGGUCUCCAAGUCAAUGUCCGACGCUCUCAAGCUCCCGGUCCUCUCCGACGGCCUGCAGGCCGCCACCGACAUCCUCCUCGCCGCCGUCCCCAUCGCCAACAUGGUCCUAGCCUUUACCUUUCAGGGCGACUCGCUCAACACGCUCCACUACAAAGUCAUCCUCUCCGGCUCGCUCGUCCAUGACUCGCGGACGCUCGAGCCGGGCGCGUCGCAGCCCGAGGCCGCUAUCUCGCCGGUCGAGUACUCGGUCCACGACUUUUUCAUGUCGCACCUCGAGUCGCUCGCCCGCUUUGACGUCGAGCCGGUGCUCGCCAAGUUCCGAUCCGCCUUUUCGCACUCGUACGAGGCCCAGCCGGUGUGCGGGGAGGGCUCGGCGUAUGUCGGCCUCUGCAUCGCCUCCAAGGUCUCUGGCGAUGAGUUUGGCACCUUUGAUCUCGAGGUGCUUGACCGCUACGUCGACGCCAUCUCCACCCGCAUCGUCAACAGCUCCGGCGAGUGGAACCGCCUCUCCACCUGGUUCUCCGUCGACAUCGUUCGCGAGCUCCUCACUGCACCCGAGCGUGCCUCGCUCCUUGCGCCGCAAGAAGCCAAGGUCGCCGUCCUCACCUGCGCCCUCGCCAACGCCUCCUCGCUCUCGUCGACGCUUCUGGCCACUCCCGACGCGCUUGCCACCUUUGUGGACGUCUGGACUUCGGGCGUGUCAGACAUUAUUUGGGCAACUGGCGGCGUGGUUGCCACUGUCGGCUCCGGCGAUCUGGUCGCCGUCUGGGGCCCGCCAUUCUUCCGCGCAUCGCCGACUCUAUCGGCCUCGGGCGCCCUCACUGCCGCGCUCCUCGUCCGCGACUUUGCCGCCUCGCUGGGCACCCAUCCCAAGCUGGCGCCGCUGCUGGCGUCAACGGGCGGGCGGCCGACCGAGCUGGCUUUUGCCCUCCACCACGACCUCGUCGUCGCCGGCGCCUUUGGUCCCGCCAAGCGCUACACCGCCUUUGGUGCCGCCGUCGACCACGCCGCCCGCCUCCUCACCCUCGCCCCGCCCAACUCUGUCCUUGUCACCGACGCCUUUAAGGCCCUCCUGCCGUGGCCCUUCCGACACCCACAGUUUGGCUCCGUCUGCGUCUCGGACCUGCUCUCCGGCUCUCCUCCUGCAUCGCCCGACGCAAGCCUCUACUACCAUGAGGUGCAGUCUCGGACGUGA